AUUCUGCUUGUUGGAGUAGUUCUGCUCUGAGGCAGGAAAACGGCCUGGCCUUUGCAUUUAGCUUGAUGGCGGAAACUCUUGGAAAGCUGCUUAAGUGUCACAGGGUGAUGUUAUCUCAGCACGUCUGUCUUUGUCGCUGUGCGGUGACAGUCUGUGUCAUGUGGGAGCACAAACAGCACCCUCCUGAGCUGCUUGAAGUGGCAAGAGAAGAUACUUGUGAGAUACUAGUGGAGUAAGGCGUUUUGUCCCCCCCCACCCCCAGUUCUUGGCCUUGACUUUAAUCAGCGCUGUCCUUAACAUCAUCCUUCCUCAAAGUGAAAACUCAGGCAGGGAUGGGUCCAUCCGCAGAUGCAGCAUUCCACUCUCCUGUGAAACGUUUGCCUAGGAAAGGUAUGAAACACGAGCUCUGAGUUUCCUGGCAUAUGCCAAACCAGAUGGGAACAAUCUGGAGACCUGCACAGGAAGAUUCACCAGAGAGGAGAACUCAUUGAUGGUGCUUUCCCAAAAAAGGUCUGAAGUCUUCAUCUGAUUCUGCCACUUCCCUUGCCACUCCCUUUCCUGUUAGAGGAGGUACUCGGGGUUUUUUUUUUAAUUCUUUUCUUCAGAUCCGCGGGUCUGUUUAAAGGCUCCAUGUAAACGGAGAUGCUGUAUCAGGAGUUAUAGCAGGGCUGCUGCAGGAGGGGCGCACAGAAUGGCUAGAUUGAAGGUAUCCAUCCGCAGAACAGGCUCCGUCUAGUAGGCUGCCAAGGCCCUAGGCGGGCGUGUCGACAGAACAGGUCCCUGGCCCCAAGCAGGACAGGCGAGCAGAGGUGGGCCAGCCGGAAACGUACAAGCUGCCCAUGCCGACUGUGUAUGAAGCUGGGAAGCAGUACACGGGACCUGAGUCCACGGAGAGACCCCUUUCGAUGUCCCAGCAUGAGACCUCUCCGGCGACGGUGCAACCCGCUGGCAACCACCGCCCCAAUGCCUGCUGCUUUUGCUGGUGCUGCUGCUGCAGCUGCUCGUGGAACGAAGAUCGGGAGCGAGCGUGGCGGGCGUCCCGAGACACCAAACUGGAGAGCAUUCCAAACUGUGAAGCUUGCCUCAAGCCGACGCCCGACGAAGUGCAGGGCUGGUCCCAGUCGUUCGACAAGCUGAUGAAGAACCCAGCAGGCAGGAACGUGUUCCGGGAAUUCUUACGGACUGAGUACAGCGAGGAAAACAUGCUCUUUUGGCUAGCAUGUGAGGAACUCAAAACCGAGUGCAACAAGCACCUCAUCGAGGAGAAGGCCAGGGUGAUCUACGAGGACUACAUCUCUAUCCUCUCCCCCAAGGAGGUCAGCCUGGAUUCCCGGGUGCGCGAAGUCAUCAACAGGCGGAUGCAGGAGCCCUCGUCGCACACCUUCGACGACGCGCAGCUACAGAUCUACACCCUCAUGCACAGAGACUCCUACCCCAGGUUCCUGAACUCACCACUCUACAAGUCGCUAGAACAGAGACUUUCUGCUCUGACGUGUGACACCUAGCGAAGUCCUCUGCGUGCCCAUGCAUCUCAGGAGACCGUCAGCUCCUUCAGCUUCCUGCCAGCCCAAGCCACCAGGGAAGAUGGGACAACCCUGGGGAAGACAACUUUGGGGACAGAGCCUCAGUUCUCUCUACCUGUGGGUCACACCACUGGUGUUUCAGUAGUGAUGCUGAUCUAGAAAUUAUUCUAGUGUCUGGACCAACCAAGAGAUUUGGGGGAGAAUUUCACUAGGUCCCGUAAAGAUGGGAGAGCCUGGGGGUCCUAGAACUGGGAGCCUUUCAGAGCACUGCUUGUCCUAGAAUUCGGAUGGUAUCUGAGCUGGGGUGGUUCUAGAGCACGGAUGGCAUGCAUGGCUUGGACCUUAGUUCUAGAACUUGGAUGGUCACAAGCUGGAGUGGAUUCUAGAGUGUGGCUUUUUGUGUCUCAUCUAGGUGUUCUACUACAUGACUUGCACAUAUGGCUGGGUUUCUAGAACAAAGGUAAUAUUGGUUUUCUGGUGGGUUCUAGAGUGUGGAGCCUUCUAGAGCUGUGGGGGCUUUUAGGUGAGUAAACCUUCCAAACGUGAAGCACUGGUUUUUGUUUUAGGGACAAGAAAAAUUACCCAGCAAAAAUUAAUUGUAUUUCAGAAUUUCUAAGAGUUUCAAAAGUCUCCAAAGUAGACAUUCCCCCCACUUCUCUGAAAAGGCUUAGCUAGUCAUUCAGUACUGAAGCAGGUCUCAGCUGGCCAGCAAAAAGAAAUUCUAUCCAGUGAAUGCAAAAAGAAAUCCACAGGGGAUUAAUUCAAACCAAUGACUUGGCAAUGGCUUGCUGGGUGCAUCUCAGUAGAGCCCUGCAAAUCCACAGAUAUCUGCUUUAUAUCUGUGGGUAUCCACAUCUGCGGAUGUGGACGUCCCCGGCUCAUUUUUGCAGAUACAAAUGUUGUAUGUAGAACCCUGCCAGUCGGCAGAUAUCCACUUUACAUCUACAUCUGCAGAUAAUUUUUGCAGAUAUAAAUGGGUUAUGUCUACACUCGCAGCGUCUUGUGUGAGAAUUAUGCAAAUGAGGCUAAGCGUGGACUAUC